AUGAUGCCAAUACGCUCACCUACUAGAAGUGGCAUAGGCACCGGACUUAGUGGUUCACAGCCCAAUUUGUCGACGGGAGAGUCAACCACAGACGUUUCUACAGCACCACAAGUUACAUUUCGUAGUAAGCGGAAAUACUCUGGUGAUCAAGAUAUUAAAGAAGAAUUACGGGAAAUACGAAAGGGAAUGGCAGAAAUGAUGCAAGUUCUUACCUCAAUUAACGCGAAUCAAACGGAAGCCAUAAACAGGAUAUCGGAAGAUGUAAGUUCAUUGAAAGAACAUGUAAAAGAUCUUAAGACCGAGAUAGAUAAUCUCCGAUUCGAAAAUGAGAAAAUAAAGCGUAAUAUAGAGAACUUGAUCAGUAAAUAUAAUGAAAAAGAUAAACAAAUAGAAACGUUAGACUCUGAAUUAAAAAACCUUCAAAGUACAAAACUAAUAGAUCCACUUACCACAACAACCGUUAGUAGCACAAUAGAAGAAACUGUGAUGGCAGAACUUUCUGAUCGAUUGACCUACGAGGCCCUGUUAAUGCUAAUUAAUAAUGAACAUAGGUCCUGUGCUUCCAGUUCGAGUUACGACCGCACAGAGAUGGGAGUCUAUGCGGACGAGUUAGCCAACGCACGAUCUUCGAGGUUUAUGCUUGCUGCAGUAGUGGAAGAGACUGGUCUGAUACCAAUACCGAUGAUGGAUCCAAACACAAACAAUGAUUCUGGCUACGUACCUUCAAACAUAGAAAUAGAGAAAGAUAACACACACCCACCAUCCCCAAAUAAAAAAGAAGAUAAGAAGGAAGAAGAGAACAAUGCUGUACCUAAGAAACCUGAGCUAAAGUAA